AUGGAUAACUGUUUCAUAGAUACAACACUAGAGUUUUUACAAAUUGCCUUUCAUAAUAUUUUAUACUACGCUUCCAUUUAUCCAAUAAGCAUUUUUGAGACUAGAAGAAAGUACAGCAUUGUUGUUUAUCGCUCUAAUCAUCCUGAGGUUAACGAGUACAUUGAUUUAUGUUUAAAAAGUAUUGCUGAAUGUCUGCAUAACGGAGAUUUAAAACGUGUUGAGUUCGCUAUAACUUCGAGUGAUUAUGAAGUGUUAAUGAAGUUCGUCUUUGACUUGGAUAAAAACGACACCCAUGAUGAAACACGUGAUGCCUAUUUGGUGCAAGCUGAGCAGAAUAUGCGGGCUUUCUGCCUAAAGUUAACCACAUUAAGUGAUAAGUUUACAGAUUUACCUGAAGAUAGAAGUUUCAUGAUAUUCUUACAUACAAAUGAGUCGGCUGCUGUAGCUAUGGCAGCAAACCCAGAAUUAGAAAGUUUCCCACUUGUUGAAACUGAAGUAGAAACUGAAUUUCAGCAUAUCUUACCAUUGAGAAGGUUCUGUGUUAGGAAUUAUAAUUUAGAUAUGUAUAUGGAGUUUAGAUAA